ACAUUUCCCCCAGUUCCUCCCCGUCGGCCAAGAUGGCGGCCGCUAGACAGCUUCGUGCGACCGGCCUUGUUAUCUUUCGCCGAUUGCAAAGAACUUCCCCUCCUGAAUAUCUUCUGCUUCAAACCUCGUAUGGCCGGCACCACUGGACACCACCAAAAGGACAUGUGGACCCCGGGGAAAGCGAUAUGGAUACUGCCCUGCGUGAGACUGAAGAGGAGGCCGGAUACACAUCUAGCGAUUUGGAUGUGAUUCCCGUGAAGAGAGAGUUGAUGUACAAUGUCAAGGGACGCCCCAAGACUGUGAUUUACUGGCUUGCAGAGCUCAAAGAUUACAACAAAGGAGUAAAGCUAUCAUCUGAGCAUCAGGAUUUUCGGUGGCUCGGAAUUGAAGAUGCAUGCAAGCUUUUGCACGAUACUACAGCGAUAGCGCUGCGGGAACUUGAUGAAGAAUUGCACAAACAACAAUAAUAGUUAUCAUUUGAUGUGCGUCGGUCUUUUGCGAUAUUAUCCUACAACUUCUGACUGUAUCACCAUUUCUCUACGAAUUGCUUUGACUUGUAUGCAUGUCCAAUCAAGCAAAAGUAGGCCCGUAGCCAGAACCACUCCACUCGAGCAACCUAAGAAAAAAUGGUCCACUAAAUGGUUAAACAAGCCCCUCCCCUCUCAAAAUCCUGUCCAUAGCUAGAAAACUUUGUGCUGGGCGGCAAUCCUCAGAUCUUUAAUUGCUUCGGGGGCAAAUGCUAUUUUUUCAAAUGACUUCUUAAAAGUCCUGUUGUUGCUAAUUUUGUAAAUUAGAUUUAGAAUUUUAAUUCAGAUUUUUAAACGAAGCAUAAGGUAUAAGCCAAUGAAAGUUCAUGGUUUGCCUCUGGCCCUGCACCAAAAAAUGCUCAUCCUUUCAUUGAGAAUAUGAUAAAGUUUAAAACUGUA